UGUCACUGUCCAACUGUUGAUGACAUGGUUGGUCGAUUUGUUUUUGUCUGCAAGAUUUCUUGAAAAAAUAUUUAUCAAAGACUUGCUUUUGCUUUGCUUCGCAUCUUUAUAUUAACUGAUAUAAUGGCUAAUUUUACAACUGAUGGUAAAAUAUGUAUUGAUCGUGAAGUCUCUCUGCCAAACAUGGAAGAACAUAUUGUAGACGUCGUUACACAUUUUGAUGUCGAGAAAACAUGCGUUUGGAUAACAGAGAACCAGUUUUUAAAGGUGUGCCUUCAAUUUCCUGAUGAAUUACUUGGUUUGAGUGCAAAGGUUUAUGAAGAAAUUAAAAAGAGGGUUGAAGUGGACUUGUACAUUUUAGGUGACACAUCAUAUGCCAGUUGUUGUGUAGACACAGUGGCAGCUAUGCAUGUCCAAGCUAAUGCAGUGGUACAUUAUGGCCAUACUUGCUUCUCAAAGGCCAACCUGCCAGUGUUCAUGGUAUUGCCUAAGAGGCAUUUUGUUAUAGAUGUCACUAUGAAGAUACUGAAAGACAACUUUGGUUCAGACACGGAUGUCAGACUGUGUUUGUUUUAUGACCCUGAAUUUGAAUGUUGUAAAGAAGAAAUAUCUAGACACUGGUUCAAGAACUACCCGCAGAGCUGCAUAGCUUACAUUGAACAGGGUGACAGCGAAUAUAUAUUUCAAGGAAGGCUAUUGAAAAAUGCACAUGGAGAACCUUUGCCACUAGAGUAUUUGAAAGAUUACAUUUGUGUUCAUAUUGGAUCCAGAGGACAAACUGUCUUCAAUUAUACUGUCUCUGUGCCAGCUAAGGAAUGGUAUCUCCUAGACCCUGAUCAGCAAAAAGUGGAACACUUGGAAGAAACAGCUUGGUUUAAACGCAGAAGGUUCCUAAUAGAGAAAUGUAAAGACGCGAACGUCAUUGGCAUCCUAGUCUGCAAGCUGGCGGGAGACCAGACAAGGGAUAUAAUAAGCAGGAUGAAGCAACUGUGUCGAAGUAACGGAAAGAAAAGCUAUAUUAUAUCAGUUGGCAAGCCAAAUGUUGCUAAAUUAGCCAAUUUUCCUGAGAUUGACAUUUAUGUGAUGAUAGCGUGCCCAGAAAAUGAUCUUUACAACAGCAGAGAUUUUUAUAAACCAAUAGUCUACCCAUACGAGCUAGAGGUAGCAAUCAAUUUAAAGAGAGACCCAUAUUUCACAAACCACGUCACAGAUUAUGAUGAGCUUUUGCCAGGGAAGAGACAUUACUGUGACAUAGAACAUCUCGAGGAAGGUGGUGAUGUCAGUCUUGUGACUGGGAAGAUCAGAGAAACCAAACUAGGAGUCAAGGACGGCAAUAGUACAGAUUUAGUGACCAAACAAAAUUGGGCACUUGAAAAUAUUGGUUCAAACCUUCAAGCCAAAACUUGGAGAGGACUUGAACAGAAGUUAGGAGAAACUGAAGCUAAGAUGGCCGAGCAAGGACGUCAAGGGAUACCUUUACAAUAUAACAAUGAACCAGAAUAAAUUUUACAUUUUUA